GGUUCUCAAAGAAUAGCAACUAGACCAGCAGCUGCCACACAAUGAACAAGCAAAUAUUGUAUCCGCAGAAGCUAUCAUUUCAAUUCCAAACUGGAAUAUCCCCAGAACAUGAUAUCCCCGCAGCAUUCUUCAAAUGCAUUAGAUGGCAACUCGAGGAAACAAUGGAUACAAUCAACUGCCCUUAUCAUUACUUCUGCGACACCACUUACCCUGCAGAGAAUUACCCACCUUCUAUGGAUUUACUAGUGCUCAUCUUCACGGCAGCCACCUACAUGGCCACACUCGUCUUCACAGUAAACAGAAUAUCGCAAGGCAGAAAUCCAACUUCUUGUACUUUAACCCAAUCAAGGAGGUAUCUGCUGCCUUCUGGCCCAGUCUUCCUCCCAGCCAUUCUCAUAGCCCUGGCCAGAGGCCACAGCAUCAACACCAUGUUUCCUCUUCCGCUAAUCGGCCCUGCGAUCCUGCAGCUGAUUCACAUCUCAGCCCUCGCUUUCGAGCAUGAAGCCCGUAACGACACAGCCAUGAAAUUUGCGCUAUUCGAGGCAUCAACCAUAUCUGGUAUUCUGCAUGCAAGUCUGUACUUGGACUCCAUCAUUUUGCCAUAUUACACCGGUCUCGAUGCCUUAAUGUUAUCGGCAUUUUCUGGGGAGUGCGCUUCUUGUGUGUGCAGGAAAGAGGCUUUGGUUGUGGGGGGAAAGUUGGUGAGGUACAGGGGGACCUCCGUGACUACAUUUGCGGUUGUGGGUACUCUGGGUUUGAGGAUUUUCUGCAGGGUUGUGUCUGCAGAGACCCGUUGGAAAACUGUUGUGAUCGGGUCUGUGUUGGAAGGGUCGAGCUGGGUGUUUGUAACUUUGGAUUCUGUUUAUUUGAUAAGAAAUUCCCCGUCAGGAAGGUCAGUGCCGCAUGUUGCUGCAUUUGGAGGUGUGUUCGUCUUGAUUUGCCUUCAUGUGCUCAACAAGGUGUGCAUUAGGCUUGUGAAUUCGCAUAUUGCAUGUGAAAAAUGGUAAGGCACGCGAGUUUAAUUGGCAUCCACGGAGAAAUGAUGAGGACAAAUGUGUGCAUGUCUCACUGUAUAUCACAUUUCUGAAAAGUACUGCGUGUAUAUAUGCUUGCCUGUACAUCAUGGUUUCACUUACUACUUUGUAGUAUAAAUUGUAUUUGCACAGAAAAAUGUUGAAUCAAUCAAAUGCAGUAAUUAGUGAAA